UUCCGAGCAGCGGAGGACCCUGGUCGCAACCGGUGAGCCUCACUUCUUCCGCCGAAACUUCUCGCACUCAUUUUCGCUGUCAGUGCGAAGGGUGGUUCCCUGCAUCCUGCCGAUUUAUUUCGCCACUGCUGCAAAAUCCGUGAGCCUCCGUGGAUGGCAGAAUGAUACAGUUCCUCUGAAAAACUGGGGAGAAUGCAACCACUUCGCUUCACAGUACUUCUGUAGAACUGUAUCUUCGUUCCAUCUGUUCACAUUUAUACUGCGUGCGAUGAGCACGGCACACUGAGGGAGGCGCGCGCCGGCCGGCGUGGCAUGUGAGGGCAUGGGCUGCACGCCCAGCUCGCUGCAGCAGCGCUACCAUGGGGCCGACGCCAUGGACGUGAAGGCGGCCAACACCUCUCCCAGUGCAGGGGGCGGUACCAGUUCGCCUCGAACGUGGCGCUUCCGCAAGGGCCACGCGGACAAAGACAAAGACAAAGACAAGACAGGUGCCGCAGCCGAAAAUGCCGACAAGCCCGUGGUCGUCACCAAGUACUUCGUCUCGCAGAGGUCAUCUUUGGAGCUCCGGUUUGGCUACCUCACCAAAACCAACAACCAAACUCCGCUAAAAGUGCUGCUGGCGAUCGGCCGCGAUGACGCGCAGAGUGACACGUUGCGGUCGGCGGCGGAGCGGCUGGGCUACGACUGUCGCGUCGUGCGCAGCCGGGACGCUUGCGUCGAGUCGUUCCAGGCGGCGCCGCCAGAGGUCGUCAUCAUCGACUGCCGCUACCCACGCAACCUGGACGGCGAGGCUACUUGCCGGGCGAUAAGGAACAGAAAAUCCAGCCAGUACACGGUGAUAGUCGCCCUCGUUCGAAGGAGAAUGUGCAGUUUCUGCCUCGGGCUGCUGCACGACGGUCCUCGCGAAACGAAUGAAGCUUCAGUCAAUCAUGCCACGGCGGAAAAGGAAGAGGCAGCCGUCAUUCCGUACCUGAACGCCGGCUUUAACAGGUGGCUGCUGGAGUCGACGAGCGCCGGCCUGUGCAUGAGCGAGCUGCUGCAGCUGGAGCACAGCGACGUGGCGCCGCGCCUCCAGCUGGCCGCCGCGCAGGCACUCUUCGUCGCCGUGGAGCGCAGCCGCGACGCCAUACACAUCACCGACAGCAGCCACACCAUACAGUACGUGAAUCGCGCCGGCGAGAAGAUAUCGGGCUACAGCCAGCGCGAGCUGCUGGGGCGGAACGUGCUGGAGCUGAACCAGAUGGAGGGCAAGGAGCUGAUGUUCCAGCAGUUGAGCCGCGGCCGCGAGUGGGAGGGCACGGUGGCGUGGCCGCGCAAGGGCCCGGCCGCCGCCUCCGCCUCCACCGCCGCCAUCACCGCCCCCAUCGCCACCCCCACCGCUGGCAGCGCCGGCGGCGAGACGACCGCCGCAGCCACCCCGCCUCCCGUGCCACUCGCCUGCCGCGUGCUGCCCGUCGCCAUCACCGGCAGACCACCGUCGCACUUCGUGUUCAUCCACGAGGUGCCUGGCCCCGGGAUGGGGAAGCGAGCCUCCGACUCUGGCUCGGCGUACCCCACGCAGCGCGGCAGCCUGCACUCCGUGAGGCGCAACUCCUACGACAUCCGCUCCGUCUCCAGCGACGGAAUUCGGCGGCAGAGCAUCGCCAAACUGCACAACCUGUCGAUCGAGGCGCCAAUCACCAAGGUCAUCUCUCUCAUCGCCACCGCGCAGGAGACGUCCUCACCGGAAGUGGUUCACAUGCUUGAUAAGGUGGUGGACAUCCUGCGCACCACCGAGCUCUACUCGCCCGUCAUGAAGGAGGACAAGGUGCGGCCGGGAGACCCCGUCACCAGCGACCUCAUCUCUGCGCUGCUGUCCGGCAGCGCGACUCCAGUGAAUGUGACGCGGCGAAGCUCCAACGACUCGGCCGUUUCGCGCGGCGCUUCGAGCGGCGGUCUACGGGCCACGGUGCGCGCGGGCAAGAUGUCCGCCCAGCUGCGAGAGGUGCUCGACAUGGCCCUCCUCUGGGAGUUCAACGUCUUCAAGCUCGAGAAGCUCUCCGCAAACAGGCCGCUGGUAUACUUGGGCAUGAAUCUGAUGACGCACUUCGAGGUGCCGCAGACGCUGGGCUGCGACGAAGCGACCCUGCACAACUGGCUCACCAUCAUCGAGAUCAACUACCACACGUCCAACACGUACCACAACUCGACGCACGCGGCCGACGUCCUGCAGGCGUGCGCCAACUUCCUGGAUCGCGAGCGGCUGCGCCAGCUUCUGGAGCCGCUCGACGAAGCCACCUGCCUCAUCGCCGCCGCCGCACACGACGUCGACCACCCGGGCAAGUCCAGUGCAUUCCUGUGCAAUGCAGGCAACCCAUUGGCCAUCCUGUACAAUGACAUGUGCGUUCUGGAGUCACACCAUGCGGCGCUCACCUUCAAACUCACCCUGUCUGACGACAGGGUGAAUAUCUUCAAAGGACUGGAACGCGACAUGUACAAACGAGCUCGUCAGAGUGUCAUAGACAUGAUCCUAGCUACGGACAUGACAAAGCAUUUUGAACAUCUAGCCAAGUUUGUCAACGUAUUUGCCAAACCUACCACUCGUGAUGAAGACCCAGCGACAGAGGUGGGUUCCGAUUCAGCUGAUAUGAACAAUUUCUUGACGGCACCAGAAAAUAUUGCAGUUGUAAAACGCAUGCUGAUAAAGUGUGCAGAUGUGAGCAAUCCAGCAAGACCACUGAGGCUCUGUGUUGAGUGGGCUCGCAGGAUUGCUGAAGAAUAUUUCAGCCAGACUGAUGAAGAAAAGGCAGCCAACCUUCCAGUAAUGAUGCCUAUGUUUGACAGAACUACUUGUUCUAUACCCAAGUCACAGAUAGGUUUCAUGGAUUUCAUAAUCAAUGACAUGUUUGAAGCAUGGGAAGCUUUCAUUGAGAUGCCUGAGUUGAUGAACUACAUUGAAACAAACUACCGAUUCUGGCAAGAAAAAGAAGCACAGGGUGUAACAACAAUUGCUGAUCUGAAAAUGGAGCCUUGUUCUAUUGAUCUUGUAGAAGAGGAUGGAGAAGGCUCAGUUUCAGCAUCAUAGACCUCUGUUCUUCACGUUGCUCUUCACUGUCAUAUUCAUUGAGCAUGUUGUCCUAAGUAACAACACAAGUUUCAUAUACCAAAUCCGUCAUCAGUGUUUAUACUGUGUUUAUUGUCUAUUGUAGAUAAGUGUUUUAUAUGAACUUCAAGACAUUUCUGUGAGAAAAUGCAACAAGUGUGUGGAAAUAAUGAAUGAAUUCAACAGAUAUGUAUCUUUGAUGUGCUAUGAACUGAAUAUAGCCAUAUUGUUUUAA